CCCAGCGGACGCCACCCACACACAAAAACCCAACCCCACCUUAUCGUUCUCCCCGGGGAACGUGUGGCGCCCGUCCGGCGCCUGCCCCACUUUUUUAUCCGCGCGCCCCAGCAGCCGCCGCGCUCCUGUGUUAUUAGCCUUAGCCGCCGACGUGCCCCGCGCCUAACGCCACCGCGACGUCGGUCCCCGAGUGGCACCGGCCAGCUAGCUCGCGCACAGCUCUCGCCGCGCACGCCGUGCGACGACGCCAUGGCCCCGACCGCCCCAGCCACCACGGGCGCGGCGAGCCCAGCCGCGCCUGCCGUCGCCAAGGGCGAGGGCAAGGGCAAGGCCGCCGCUGCGCGCUCCGUCGGGCUCGACCUGCCCGCGCUGCCGCCGCUGCCGGGCCUCGGCCUCGCGGCACAGGGACAGACCCGCGCCGCGUCCUGCAAGCGGCAGGAGAGGAACGUGGUGGCCAUGGCCGCGGGGGAGCCGGCGGCGCCGAUGGCGGCCAACGAGGAGCUCACCGAGUUCGUCAACGACUUGAAACAGGAGUGGGACAGGAUCGAGAACAAGUUCGCGGCGACCUCGCUAGCCGUCGCCGCCACGCUCGGCAUGUGGAGCGCCGGUGGAGUAGUAUCGGCGAUUGACAGGCUCCCCGUGGUUCCAGGCCUGAUGGAGGUUGUUGGAAUUGGAUACAGUGCGUGGUUUGCGUACCGCAACAUGCUAUUCAAGCCUGACAGGGAUGCUUUCUUCGGAAAGGUCAUGGAGUUCUACGAGGAUAUAAUCAGCGGCUAACAGAUUAUAAUGCAAGCUCAUCCAAAUCAAGGAAGUUGAAUUUGAGAGGGGCAUGCUAGUCUGCUGCUGUUCAGUUGUUCUCUGUAAUAUAUUUCACCAUAGCAUCUAAUUUGAUCCUUACUCAAUGCAUGGAUAAAUAAUUUGGAUGUUAAUCGUAAAUAACAUUUAAUCCUUUUAGCCAUUUCUUUCUCCUAUAAUGGUCAAGUUUACUUCUUUUUCUUU